UAUUAAAAAGGAAAUAGGAGAUCAAGCAUCCGAAUUUGAAAGCAUUGAGCCAGAAACAAGAGAUCUAGCAUCCAAAUUGAAAAGCAUUAAAACAGAAAUGGGAGAUCAAGCAUCCAAAUUGGAAAGCGUUAAAACAGAAAUAAGGAUCAAACAUUAG